UACAUACAUACGGUCCUGUCAUGGGAAUGUACAAUUGCAACCAUUAAGCAGCAACUAUAGCCUCGUAGUUGGCGCACUGCGCUUUGAACCUACGAUCUCGUUCAACUCCUGGCCACGGCUAACAUCAGUGGCGCGUCAUGUCUGAGCCCGGUCCUUGGCACACUCUCCACCCCCUCCCACUCAUCAGCUCGCACUGACCAAGUGGUGAAGUAUGGCCAAUCAACCCCCGUGCCUGCCACGGUGAUUGUAGGCCUGCAUCCAGCAGUGUGGAUCGAUGACAACGCGCCGCGGGGAGUCACUAUCGGCUCGCAUGGCGAUGCUGGAUUGCGGAGGUGAGGGGUCACCACUGCCCCCGUGUUUGCGUUUAAUCUGCGGAACACGCGCAGAAUAAUUCACUCCCCAACUUCACUUUUCAACUCAUUAACAACGCAACCGGUUUUGCGACACCUCUCCGCGUCACCAACCCUCCCCUCCUCAUCCUCCUCGUCCUCCCAUCGCGCCUAUAAGCGCUUCUCCGUCAGCGUUGUCCAGUUCACGGCGCUCGCUCUCUCCCCGGCGUCUUCAUCGUUCAUCAGGAGAAGCAGGAACGAGGGAGGUGCCCCCGUCAGUCCUCUCGGCGGCUCUGACCCAGGCGACUCGCGAGGAGCGAUGGAGAGGCGCUCCAACAGCAGCGGCGGCGGUGGCGGCGGCUCGGAGAGGCGCUCCAAGCGGGAGGCGCGCAACGGCGUCACCUCCCGGAGCGGCAGCGGCUCCAGGAGCGGCGCUGCGCGGGGCACGCGCGUGGACGCAGCGCCAGGAGGAGGAGGAGGAGGCGGCCGCGUGAGCUCGUCCCUGGUAAUCGACGUCGACCAGGCCCUGGAGCAGCGGGCGGCCGACUCGGCCCUGGAGGCGGAGCGCACGGAUGAAGCUGUCAAGUCGCUGCGUGUCGCCCCCUGCGAGUGGCUGCUCACUGUGCUCGCCGUGCUGCUCUGCAUCGUCACGGUCCCCGUGUCGCUCCUCUUCUGCGUCAAGGUGGUUUACGAGUAUGAGAGAGCCGUUAUCUUCCGUUUGGGUCGCCUCUUGUCAGUGAGGGCCAAUGGACCAGGAUUAUUUUUCAUUCUCCCGUGCCUGGACACCUACCAGAAAGUGGAUCUGAGAAUGCGGACUCUGGAAGUGCCACUACACGAGGUGAUCACGAGCGACUCGCUGAGUGUGCGGGUGAGCGUCGCCUGCCACUACCGUGUGGAGCGGGCCAGCAUCUGGGCCGUGAGCGUCGCUCAGCCACUCGAGGCCUUGGGCUUGGUACUGCAGGCUAAGGUCCGAGCCUUGGUGGCCAAGAAGGAUCUGAGCUACAUCCUACAGCAUAGGCCAGAAUUGGCUCAGCAUACAAAGGAAUGUUUGGAUGCAGUUGUGGGCUCAUGGGGGAUCAAAGUGGAAAGAGCAGAAAUAAAUGACGUCCGGAUUCCGCUGGAGCUGCAGACGUCUGUGUGUGUGGAGGCUGAUGCAAACAGGGCGGCGAGGGCACGGCUGAUAGCGGCGCAGGCGGAGAAGCAGACGGCGCUGGAGCUGUCGGGAGCGGCACGCGUCCUCGCCGCCGUGCCGGGCGCCCUGUCGCUGCGCUACCUCCACACGCUGGACGCCCUGUGGGGAGCGAGGGGGGGCUCACACCUGGGGCUCACCCUGGCCCUGCCGCGCUUGGAACUGCCGGCAAUGGCAGACGAACAAACCGGCGCGACGGCUACUGCGCACAGCAGCAGUGAAGCAGCGAGGCAAGAGGGGGCGGAGGCGGGGAAAACAAACGCUGGUGGGACGCAAGACUCGCCGAUGCUGUAGCUGGAUUUGCUCACAUGCUGUGGGCCAGGGUUCUUCAAAUAUGUCAGCCGAUGUCUUAAGAUCUGCACGUGACCACUAAUGUGUACAUUUUGUCCCCAGCUCUCUCAUCUCCCUCUUGUUUAUCUCCCAUCUCACUCAUCUAGAUCUUUCUAUGUUUCUGCGAGCCGUAAAUUGAAGAACUCUGCUCGAGAUCAUUGUAUCUGGAGCUGCCGCCACAUUACAUGACGUGAAAGCAACACAUCUUGCUCCACGCAAAUUAUAUCUCACUUUCUGAAGUCUCAAAGCAUUGCGCAAUAUACAAUGCAAGCUUUCUCGAUGUAGUGAAAUAUAAGCACUGUACUGGCAGCACAUCACAAGUCGACAAAUCACUGUUUCCAAAUGUCCCUAAAAAUACAUGUUCUAAAAAAGUUGCUUCAUUCGCUGGAAAUGGACAGAAUUAGCAAUGCUAUAGCAAAAGAGUAGAGUAUUCCAGAGCGAAGGGCUACAAACGAAAUUCAUAAUGGUAGCGCAGUACGCAUCACAAGCUGUGGAGUGCAUGUAAAUAUGGAGGAAAAUUCACUGGACCUUGAAGGUUGUGAUCAGGUUUUAAUUUAGCUGACACAGGUUACCAAUGUGGUCCUUCCAGUAAAAGCACAUGGGACUUGCAAAUGUGAUUUUAUCAAGAUGGAACUUUGCAGUAUUACUCUUUGGUUCUUUCGGUAAAGUCACGUAGAAAGAAAAUAAAUGUAAUAAUCAUGGAAUACGACGUUUCCAUUGCAACACAAGCAACCAUCAUCAGGUACGAAUGAAUGAGAAAACAA